UGCUGCCUUCCCGGGGCGGCGGCGGGGCCAUGGCGGCGGGCUCGGUGGUGGUGGCGGGCUCCGCUGAGCAGUUCCAGCAGCUGCUGCAGCAGAAGGAUCGAGAGACGGUUUGCCUUUGGGAUCAUUGCUGUUGGUGACUCGUGUACAAGAGUGCUGGAAGAAUCUAUACAGAUGACAGCCCUGGAGAAGAUGUCUUGAACUGUUCCUGAGCUCAGGUCCCUUGUAGUUGUCCACUUUUGGGCACCAUGGGCUCCUCAGUGUGCUCAAAUGAAUGAGGUUAUGGCAGCACUAGCAAAGGAACACAUGCAGGUUACGUUUGUGAAGCUGGAAGCUGAAGCUGUGCCUGAAGUAUCUGAAAAAUAUGGAAUUAGUUCUGUUCCAACGUUCUUAUUCUUUAAGAAUUCUCAGAAAGUUGACAGAUUAGAUGGUGCACAUGCCCCAGAGCUGACCAAAAAAGUACAGCGCCACGCGUCCAGCACUUCUGUUUCUGCUGGCUCUAACGAUGGUGCAAAAGAAGAUCUCAAUGUACGUCUAAAGAAACUCAUCAAUGCUGCCCCUUGCAUGCUGUUUAUGAAAGGAUCUCCAAAAGAACCUCGCUGUGGUUUCAGCAAACAAAUGGUGGAGAUACUGAGCAAACAUGGUAUUUCAUUUAGCAGUUUUGAUAUUUUUUCUGAUGAAGAAGUUCGUCAGGGGCUGAAAACAUAUUCUAAUUGGCCAACUUAUCCGCAGUUGUAUGUAGCAGGAGAGCUUAUAGGCGGACUUGAUAUUAUCAAGGAACUUGAGGCAUCAGGAGAGCUGGAUACAAUCUGUCCGAAGACACAGAAGUUGGAGGACAGGCUAAAAACCUUGAUAAACAAAGCUCCUGUGAUGCUUUUUAUGAAGGGAAGCAAACAGAUGGCAAAAUGUGGAUUCAGCAGGCAAAUUACAGAAAUCCUAAAUAGUACUGGCAUUGAUUAUGAGACAUUUGACAUACUGGAAGACGAAGAGGUGCGGCAAGGAUUAAAAACCUAUUCAAACUGGCCAACGUAUCCUCAGUUAUAUGUGAAAGGUGAACUUGUUGGAGGGCUGGAUAUUGUAAAGGAACUACAGGAAAGUGGGGAAUUGUUGCCUAUUCUGAAGGGAGAAAAUUAAUGGAAAAAGACAUCAGUGGGAACAGAAGUACUUUGAACAAUUAUUCAUUUAUAGAUUAUAUUGGAGCAAUAUACAGCUUAGCCCUGUGGAACCCAUCAGGAGUAAAUAAAGACAGCUUAUGUACUCUUAUGUAUUUCACAAGACCAUGCUACAUAUGAAAAUGUGUUUCCCCUGAAGAUACAGAAAUGUCAAGGUCUUCAAGUUCAAUUAAAAUAUUAUUCUAAAGAA